AUGGGUGCUAGUGGAUGCUCUCGAUCCGGUUGCUUCGCCCAUGUCCCGGGAAACAAGGAACGCAGGGAAACUAGCCUUCUGAAAACAACAAUCGGGUACGUGGUCAUUAUUCCCAGCGGGACGCACCGAAUGGGCUCCAGUAAAUUACGAAGUACGGGGGAAAAACUCGACGGGGAGCGAGGACUUCGGCCUGGGGAGCCGUUUCCUGGGACAAAAACGGCGGUGGUUCCAAAUGGUGCCGCCGGAGAAUAUCCAGCUGCUUCUCACUCGGCAACAUUGCCACUUUUCAAUCGACAAGCAUCUCUGUAUAGGAUCAGAAGCCCGACCGUCGUCAUGAGAAACAUGGUUCCCGGAAUCGAAGCCAAGAGGUUAUACCUGGAAUCUGAAGAGCACGAAACUUAUCUAUCGACAAGCGACUCGCAUCGGAAAGACUCCCAGCAGCCAAAGCAGGUAAACUUUGGAACUGACGUGCAGCACCGGGAACAAACGAGAACAUGCGUAAUAAAAACGACGGGACACAUGAAAAAAGUAAUCAUCGAGAGAAUAGAGGAGUUCUCAUGGGCUCUGAAAUGCCGGGAAUCAACACACAUCGACCGCGAUUACGGAGCGUUUCGCGGAGUCCAGGAACAGACGCGUUCACGCACAGCAGGACAAAUAAUUGCUCCGGGUCAUGCAGCCACCGACAAGGGCCAUCAUCUAUUCUAUUCUAAGAAAAUCCCCCGAGACAAUCCCGGCGUGUCAAGUCCCCAACCCAGUAACCGUUUGUCAGCCAACGCGGAGUCCGCGACGGGCAGACGCGUCGUCCUCGUCUACCCGUCGUCGGAAAUGCAUACCUGUGUCGAUUCGGUGCAACGUGACCCCGGUUUGUUCAUGCCUUGCUCGCGGCAACUCAAGACCAACGAUGUUAACACAAAAGGCUUUGAAUCUACGGCGAAGAAGAAGACGAUGCUUGGUUGCGACUGCGAGGGCUUCAUUAACGUGUGGGAUCAGUUCGACAAGGAAACCAUUGAUCACCUGAAUCAAUGCGAUUGCGGUUGGAGAUUAUCUGAUGGACGAUGCGAGGAACGACGGUGUCCCUGGGGCCAAGCUUAUUUUGCCAGCAACGCAACAUGCGUCGGCGUGGAUCACCGAUCUUCGAAGUUAUUCUGCAAACCGGGGCAGACAAUUUACGUUGAUCCGCGAAAAGGUAAUGCAGAAUGCGACUGCUUCGAGGACUACAUAUACUGGCCGGCGAACGAUCGUUGCUACGCAGCCUACACACGUGGACCUUGCCCCGAGGCUAUGAUGCUGCUACUAAGCGACGAAUCACAGGCGAGUAAUUUUGACUGA